AUGGAGGAGGAGGAGGGAGCGGGGGUUAUGGAAGAGGAGGAAGAGGAGGAGGAAGAGAAGGAGGGGGACGACGCGUGUCGUCCCGUCGUGGGCUUUCGACCGACAGGAUGGAGCUACCUGCGGAAUAGGAAGACGGCUCGGGACGCUUGCCCCUCCUCGCCCUCCUCCUACACCCCCUGGGUGAACCCCCAAAAUGGCGCGAAGCUCUACUGGGUACCCUAUUCAGAGCACUCCUCCUACACGGAGCUGAGAAGCUUUGUGCGGGCGAUUCGUCCCAGGAAAAUUAUACCAACCGUGGGCGCAGGGGACGAGAAAGGGGUUGAGCGACAACUCAAGCAUUUCCUGGCUGACAUGGACCUGUCCCACGAUAGAUCGCGCCUCGAUCGCUACUUGGGAAGGGGGGAAGAGAAGCGCCUCAAGAUUCUUCCUCCAAAUAAAAGACGCUUGGAGGGAGGGGUGGGAGGCAAGCGUAAAACUUUUGACUUCGAAAAGAUCGACGUAGAGGAGCAGGUCCUGAGGUGGGAGGAGCUUUCAAAAGGGUUGAACAGCGAUGGGAAAGUGCAGGAAAGAGGAAGAGGAUGGGACGAGCGUGAAUUUACCUCUGACACUAAGGAGAAAGGGCUUGGGAGGAAGACGGUCGAAGUAAUUGUACUGGAUGAUGAUGACAACUGA